CGUCUUUCACAAAACCGCCACUGCCUCAAAAUAACACCUCUAUUAUACAAUCGCAAAUUCCAGAAUCCAGAAUUCCAGAUUCUACGCAACAUUUUCUUCAUUCGGUUGACAAAGGGAAGAGGGUUUCUUUUUCCGAUCAGAAAAAGAUGGCACUGAAUCCUCAACUAUUUCCAAAUGGAAUGCCCGUCCCUUUCCUCAAUGAAUUGUUUGUCCUUUCUAGAGAUGGUGUUGAGUUUGAGAUCGAUAAAAUCCCUGGUGCAGGAAAAAUAAGAACAAGAGGAACGAUCUGCUUGUCGAAUAUUCGGAUGGUCUUCGUUGCAAAGAAGCCGGAGGAUUUCAUUGCUUUUGACAUGCCCUUGCUCUUUAUUCAUGAUGAAAAAUUUAAUCAACCAGUAUUCCACUGCAACAAUAUUUCCGGACAUGUUGAUCCAGUUGUUCCAGAUAAUGAAAACAGGGCUUUGUACUCCACACAUUCAUUCAAGAUUUUGUUCAAGGAAGGUGGUUGUGGGACUUUCGUGCCAUUAUUUUUCAAUUUAAUCGCCUCCGUGAGACGAUCUCAGCAACAGUCCAGUGCAGAGCCACGGGUGGAUCCUCUCCAAGCUGCACAAACUCCAGUUGAUGAGAUGAUGAGACAUGCUUAUGUUGACCCCAAUGAUCCAACCAAAAUCUACUUGCAGCAGCCUAAUUCAGAGUCUCAACUCAGGCGUCGAUCAUACCAGCCUGCUUAAAACUCGGAUAUACCUCUUUGUUUAAAGUUACCUGAAUUUCGCGUUUUCUGAGAUACUUCUUUUAGGCUGAUUGCAUCAAUUCUAUAUAUAAAGGAGACAUGGAGCUUGCAUGUAAAGCUGGUAUAUAUUUCUUUAUGAGUGUGCAUGGAUUAUAAUCUAUUUCAUGGGUAUGUAAUAGCCAUCAGAUUUUGAAGCUAAUGUUUAUUACACGGGCGUGUAUUGUAGCA